CCGGGUGGAGGGUCGUUGACCUACGCGGUCCUGAGGCUUUUCCCUGAGUUAAUAUGGCCGCGCCCGGCACUUCGUGGGGUCGUGGGUGAGGGAAGGUGGCGAAGUGUCCCCUAGGCUUUGCCCACGGUCCCCUCGGCGAUGGCGCUUCGGUCAAGGUGCUGGGAGUUGUUGUCGGUUCGCAGGAGCCCCGGGCGUGGGGUCGCGGCGCUCUCCACCCGUUCCGAGCCGGAGGUGCAGCCGGAAGUGGACCCUCUGGGAAAUGAAGCUGUUGCCCCAGAGUUCACCAACCGGAACCCCCGGAACCUGGAACUCUUAGCCGUGGCCCGGAAAGAGCGGGGUUGGGGGACAGUGUGGCCCUCCCGUGAGUUCUGGCACAGGUUGCGAGUUAUAAGGACUCAGCAUCAUGUAGAAGCACUUGUUGAGCAUCGCAAUGGCCAGGUUGUGGUUUCUGCAUCCACACGUGAGUGGGCUAUUAAAAAGCACCUUUACAGCACCAGGAACGUGGCGGCUUGUGAGAACAUAGGACGGGUGCUGGCGGAACGAUGCUUAGAGGCAGGAAUCAACUUCAUGGUCUACCAGCCAACUCCGUGGGAGGCAGCCUCAGACUCGAUGCAACGACUACAGAGGGCUGUGACAGAAGGUGGUGUGGUGCUUCAGGAGCCUCGGAGAAUUUAUGAGUGAAAUCAAUGAAAUAGAGGCAUUGUUUGGAACUUGUAAAUGUCAAGCUGUCAGCCAUUACAUCCAUCAGAAGGGAGCACCUGGAAGAACAGCCGACUUGGAAGUUUUACGCGAUAAUGUAACUGCAGAAUGUUGUUAGCAGUUACAAACAGCCCUUCUCCCCUUGUGUGGGGGAGGCUCAAGCCUUCCCUCUCUUGGACGUAUCUGAGAAAAGCUGUCACCAGUUAUAAUUAACUUUUGAAGGACAAAUUAAAUGUUUAUAAGAAAGAAUAAAGGCAUAGUGUGAACUUUAAA